UAUUUACGUGGACAAAAAAAAACAAAAAUAACAAAGGACAAAGGAUUGUGAUUGUUAUUUGUUUUGAACAAAAAAUUUGUGGGGUCAGUUUCAAAUUUCACAUACACAAAAAGCUGAAACAAAAGCAUAAACAAAAGUUAGAUGUAGUUUAAACUAUUUUAAUAGAUAAACCAUGACAACUACCAAGGGCUUUAAGGUCACAGAUGCGGAUCGAAAGACCAGAGUUGGAAUUGCCGUGAAAAAUUUGGAAGAAUUGAAGAAAAAAACCAUAGACAAGUUUAAACUUAAAUUCUCACCUGGAGAGAUAGACUUCCAGACCACCGACGGCACUAUCAUAGAAAAUGAAGAAUACUUUCAGACCCUUCCUCCUCAGACGUUGCUAAUAUGGGUGAAAGCUGGCGAAAAGGCAGCCACAGACGCUGAGAUCUUAUACAAGACCAUCAGAGAAGUGAACGAUGAGUAUUUAACAGCUGGAGAAAAGGUGCAAGAAUUUUUCACCGAGAAAAUGAAAAGCAAAGUGUUGAAACUGGCCGAGGUUCUGAAGGGCCUCGAUGCAGAUAAGGCCAAGUUGAGUAACAGGUCCGAACAUCCCGAAUGGUUCGAGGGCCUCAGCACCACCGCGAAAACAAAAGAGGACUAUAUGUUUAGGAGAGCCCAAGAUCGCAUAAGAUCCUAUUACUACCGCACCAAAGACGAACUAGGAAACAGGAAGGACGUACCGCAAUCGGCGGUACGUGACCUGUUUCUAGAGCUAGAGGCCAGGUUAAAAUUGAAUAAAUAUCACGGGUAUUAUUUCAACAGGGCGAACAGCGGAAACAACGACGACAUGAAAAGCAUCUGCGACAGGCAAGGGAUGUUCCGAUGUCAAGGCAGAUGGGAUAAGGAGCAAUGUCUAUACUCUCCGACUCACAGCAUUAAUCCGUACCUCAGCCGGGAGUCACGCAUCAUUUUUCAGACUUGGAAUCUCGAUCACAACAAGGAACGCUCGCGUUCAGUCAUCCCAGCUGUGUGCGCAGCUUUGCGGACUUCUCAUCCUGCUGCUGCGCACGCUGAGAUUAGACGCAUCCACGUAGACCUAGACCUAACCAAAAAAGGAAAGUAUAGGAACGUAUGCCUCGACAUUAAGGGUAUUUAUAACGACCUAUUCACUUUGAAUAACUUGAAAUUUGUACAUAUUGUUUGUCAUGAUAAAGGAGCUCAUGUCUCAGCGAAGGCUGGCCCUUACCUGUUGCAAUGAUGUUCUGAUUUUAGAGUCAGACUAGCGCAGAUCACAGAUGCAGCGCAGAGCGAGCUUAUUAGUAAUUUGUUUUAAUUAUUGUAAAUUUUUUCAAAAAUCCUUUAUAAAAGGUAUAUUUUAUUAAAAUCCCUUGAAGGGGUACAUCACAGAACGGUUUCGGAAUAACAAUUCCAUCACCAGUGCUUUUUACGGGUUAAUGACAUGCUUGAAAUGCCAAGAUAUGUGGGUGAAAUCCCUUUAAACCCUAUAUAGUUAUAACAUUAUCGUGUUUUAAAAUUAAAGUGGUGUUUAAAAUAUUCCUGGGUAUAACAUCAGACACCACAGGACUCCACACGACACGUGGGUUGCUUUUGUUCGGAGGAAGGAUCCUCACAUUACGGACAGUAAUUAGCAACCCUAGUUGCGGAUAGUUAAGGAUCAAUCUUCCGGAGAAAAACCCACGUGUCGUGGGUGGUUCUGUGGUGCCUGAUGUUAAAUCCAGAAAUAUUUUAAAUACUUGAUACUUGAGCCACCCACAUAUCUUGUUGGCUCAGGCAUGUCAUUAACCUGUAAAAAGCACUGAUGAUGAGAAGGUUGUUCCCAAAACGUUCUGUGAUGUAGGCCUUUAAGGGAUUUUAAUAAAAUAUACCUUUAUAAAGGAUUUUUGGAAUCCAGCUACAUGAAUUUAAUUUCCUUGUGGAUUUUUAAUUAUUGUAAACAUUCUGAUGCUAUGUUAAGAUAAUAUGAACACAAAAUGGCCUAAAGAUUAAAAUCAUUAUAUAGAUGUAUAUUCUACAAAGUAGUUGAACUAUUAGUAUUAGUUGGUUAUACUGAAGAUACGCCUUUACGGAUGUUACUAGGAAAACAGAACAGACUAUAUAGAUGAGUAUUGAAUAUUUUCCGGAGAUGUCAUAUAUUUAAUACUGGAAGUACUACAAGAUAUCGGCAUUGAAGGGUUUGGACAAUUAAUUAUCAUUAAGGCGUGAUCCUAGAUACUACAACCGAUUAUUCCGUAUGUUUCAAUAAUUUCGACCUUCAAUUUUAAAUAAUUAUUUAAGGCAACCCCGAAUAAUAAUUCCUACUCUCUAUCCUGUUCCCCACUCCGUUAGAUAUACAGACAUUUUUGAACUGCAAACGGAAGAUUCUCCGUCUUGACUAUUGACCACCACAGGAAACAGAAGUGUGAAGAUACUCUCUCUGGUUUUCACCGUCAAAUAGAACAGACGAAUUUGUUCUAUCUUCUGUCAGAGAUAACCACUAGUUACCGCGUGACGAAAAUACCGUAAAUUUCUUUACUUUCUCCUCUUGAAGGCAACAUACGUGCUAAGCAAUCUCUCUGGGAUACCGCUUCCCGUACAGUACCCAAUAUCUUAGCAAAUUAGCAAAUAUCUUCUGUUAACAGAGUAUUCCCAUGGUCGCCAGUAGAUUAUGGGACCAUAGAUUAAGGCUCGAAGAUAGAUAGAUAGAAGAACACAGUACAUAUUAAAUAUGUCACUGAUUAGUCUUUAAAUAUGAUAAAGAAAUAAAACUUUAAGGGAUGGAUGUGGACUUUGAUUGAACAUAUUUAUAUUUAUGUUUUCUAUAAAACUAGGCCUAGUUUUAAGUUAUUUUGAAAAAACCUAUAACAGAUGUGCUCAACGAGUAUAUUUUUCUAUUCUAUUUCUACAGUUUAUUUUGUAUUAUGUUCAUUGAUUCAGUAUUUUCCUGUAAAUCUGUGAUCUGUGCUGACAAGUUACUAUUUAUGUGAUAAAAAAUUCGAUAAGUAAGGCAUUUUAGUAGUGAUAACAAUAAGUAUAUAUGCUUGAUGUCAGAAAAUAAACAUUAAAUGUUAGAAACGACAAAAGACAACUUUAUAGUGUAAUAAUUAUAACAGACUCUAGAAUGUUUCUGCUAUCUUUUUCAAUAGGGGUAUAUCAAGUCCGAAAAAACAUUAAAAAAUAAACCACAUUUCUAAUCAUAAGCGUUGUUUCUAACAUUCCUUGUUUUAGAGCUGUAGAAAUCUGAAUAACUUGUAAAAUUAUGAAGAUAGAAUAAUUUUUGCAUGAGAGUAUUUACCAUAUAUUUUAUAAUAAUAUGUUAACGGUUUAUAUUUACUAGUAAAAGAGAUGAUAUAUGUCAGAGAUAUCUUCUUUAGAGAUAUCUCUCAAAAUAAAAAAGAAAGUAUCUGUUGUACUUAUUUGAAGACUAAUUAAUUCAAAAUUCAUUAAAACUUUUUGCAUAUAAAGAAUAUUUAGUCAGACAUUAAACGUUGAAGGCACCACGGGUAUUAUAGAUAAUACCCUUGGUACCUUAAUUACUACAUAUAAGAGAACCGUUAUUAUUGUUAUGAAUGAACGUUUUUUAUUAUUAAUUUUUACUUCCUCCCCAAUAAAACCACUAUACACGGAAAAAAAUUUAAAAAAGCAAGCAAAAUGAAAAUGUCCGGAUUUUUUUGACCAGGAAUGUAGUUGAUAAUCAGUUAAUUUAGUAUUUCUUGAAGUAAAUAUAAAAUGUUAAUAUCUAGUAGAACUGCCAUUAUCGUGUCAAAGUUAGUCGAGUCAUAUUAUUAUUUUACAUACAUUUUGCAUAAUUUUAGCCCAGUUAAUUUAGUAUUUCUUGAAGUAAAUAUAAACUGUUAAUAUCUAGUAGAACUGCCAUUAUCGUGUCAAAGUUAGUCGAAUCAUAUUAUUAUUUUACUAUAUUAUACAUUUUGCCCAAUUUUGUGCCAUUUUUAGACGUAAUUAUUUAUUUGCUCAAAAACAAUCAAAAUUUUCUUUAGCUUCGAUCUCUUCUAUACCUAAAAGAAACAAAAUCUGGUAUCAACCUACCUCAGUGUUAAUUCUAUACGAAAUAGGGCACUAGAAAGACUUUCGUAGAUUUCGUUUCAGGUUUGGUGUUCAAAAAUUUCGUUACGUCUAUUUUUAUAUAUGAAAUUUUACCAAAUACCUACUUUUAUAGUUUAUUUGACUGAUUUUUUUAAAUGAGCUGGACUCAGAGAAAGUAUUUUACUACAUUUUUCCUUUUAUUUUUACAGAAAUGUACUAGGAAAUUAUAAUAGAUGUAUUUUAUCACUGUUGGAUCAAAGUAUAGAUCUUUUCUUCUAAAUUUUUAAUCUUCUUGUUACAGUCUCACAACUUUAUAUAAGUAUUGUUGAAAUAUCAACAGACUUUUUGCAACAGCUGGAUUUAAGAUGGGUAACACAUUCUUUAGAGUCGUUUGCUACGCUGACGACGCUGUCCUUAUCGCCGAUUCUGAAGGCAAUCUCCAAAGGCUACUGCAUGCAUUUAAUACUAAAGCUAAAGAACUAAAUAUGCUCAUCAACACCGAGAAGACAAAGUGCCUAGUAAUUUCCAAAGAACCGAUAAGAUGCAAAUUGGAAAUUGACUCCAAAACUGUGGAACAGGUGAAUCACUUAAAAUAUCUUGGCGGAAAUAACAAGCCAUGGAAGUUUCUCAAAAGAGGUCAGAGAACAAACAAUGAAAGCAGCUAGAAUCUCGGGAUGCCUGAAAGAAAUCGUAUGGAAGAACAAAUACCUAAAUACUGAAAGCAAAGUCAAAAUAUAUAAAGCAACAAUAUUAUAUAAGAAAAAACCACCCAAGUACUUCGAAAAACUAAACAUCGAGUCUCUAGAGAACCAAAACACAAAAUGGCUGUAUAAAAGACGUUUAGAACAAAGAUUUGAGAUAAACCCAGUAACAACAGGUGAAAGAGUAAAUGAGACAUGGGCAAAAAUAGAAUAUAAUAUAUUACAAGCCGCAAAAGGAAAGCAUAGAAGUCAGAAAAAUUAACCUGAAUGCAACAAAAAUAUCAAAGCCCUAGUUCAAUACUGAAAUAAGAGAUCUAGCGUAUGAAAAGAGGAAAUCAUACCUACAAUAUUGCACUAACAAAACACAAAACAAUUACCAACAAUACAGAGAUACAAGAAAUUACAUCAAUUCUAAGAUAAGAAAUAUAAAAAGGGAAUAUUGGACACGCUUUACCAAAGAAAUGGAACACGAUUUGUAUGGGGCGCAAAGAAAAGUUUGGAAAAUACUAAAAAAUAGGAAAAAACCCAUUAACGAAUAUAGAAGUUUAAAUAAAAUAGAAGCAGAACAAUGGACCGCCUAUAUAGAAGAACUAUAUAAGGAAGAUAUUAUAAUGCCUGAAGAAGAGGAAGAAACAGGAAAUGAAGACGAAUCCAACAUAGACACAGAACUAGAAAUCACAAAAGAAGAAAUGAGGAAUAACAUACGUAAAUUAAAAAACAGAAAAGCACCAGGACCCGAUGGGAUACCAAAUGAACUCCUGAAAUACGGAGGAGAAACCUUAAUCGAAAACAAAGAGAUCCUCUUUCAAGAAAUAAUAUGUAGCCAGCGUGUACUAGACCAGUGGAGGACGAGUAUAACAAUACCUAUACACAAGAGAGGAAACAGCAAAGACCUUACCAACUACCGUACCAUCACCUUGCUGAGCACAACUCUUAACAAAAAUACUUGCAAAUAAAAUAAAUGAAGAAUACACAAUUAGUGAGAAACAACAAGGUGUUCGGAAAAAUAGGUCCACAAUAGACGUCAUAUUCAUAGCCAGACAAAUUGCUGAGAAAGCACUGGAAUAUAAUAAACCUGCAUUUAAAUGCUUUAUAGAUCUGACUAAGGCCUUCGAUUGUGUAAGAUUGGAAGAUGUGCUAAGAUUGCUAAAGUAGAAAAAUCAGUCCAAGAGAUAAAGAUAAUUAAAGACAUUAAUACGAAGAACAAAACCAGAAUAAAAGUCGAGAAUGAACUAACAUCGGAAGUAGAAAUCAACUCGGGAAUCAGACAAGGGGAUAGCUUGAGCCCAUUACUUUUUAAUUUAGUCAUGGACAAAAUCAUAGAAAACAUUAAAAGUACUGGAAAAGGAUAUAAGAUGGCGGAAAAACAAAUAAAAAUCCUCUGUUAUGCUGACGACGCAAUCUUAAUCUACGAUAACGAGGAUAACCUACAGCGAAUGGCACAAACUUUCAGUACAGUGGCAAAGAACUACAACAUGAAAAUAUCAACAGCCAAGACAAAAUCCUUGGUAGUGUUAAGGGAACCCAUAAGAUGCAAAUUACUAAUUAACAACGAACUAAUUGAACAAGUCUCGAGAUUCCAAUAUCUGGGAAUCGAAGUAUGUAGUUAUGGAGAUGUUAAAGAGAGCGUCCGAAAGAAAGCAAAUAAAGCCAAUUACGAGUCAGGAUGUCUGAGGGAUGUCAUUUGGAGAAACAAAGAGAUGAGGCUGGAAGGGAAAGUACGCAUAUACAAAUCAUGUGUAAGACCGAUCAUGACGUACGCGAUAGAAACAAGAUGUGACACAGCAGAAACCAAGAGGAUACUGAGAACAUCAGAAAUGAGAGCGUUGAGGUUAAUAACUGGGAAAACACUGAGAGACAGAAUAAGAGAUCUCUGUAACAUACAAGAUAUAGUAUGGUGGGUACUGAUACUAUUUCAUCUUCUAUAUCAUCAUAAAAGUCGCUAGCAGUAACAAUUUCCUGUAACUCAGCCUCAGUAAGAUAUUUGCGGGCCAUAUCUUAUAUGUACACAAAAUACUAAGAAACUAUAAUAAUAUACGCCAGGAAAUAAUAAUAAUGACUAACUGUAGCAGACAGGAAUGUCAUGAUUCGUACAUAACAGGCACCACAGUCUAAAAAUAGAUUCUGAUAACGCGCAGUGUAAAACUACUUGGAAUUCCACAUAAUAGAUGGUAUUUUACUAAACAUCAACUUCAGAAUAUAUUUUUUAUUCGUAAAAUAUAGGGAAUUUUUUUUAUUUCAAAAUAUAAGGAUAUCUAGAAUGAUAUUAAAGCCAAAUAAAAAAAUAAUGAGUUAAAAAUUGAAAAUACUUUUUAAUUUAUUAAGAAAAACAUACGCUGGGGUCCAAAUUUACCCCCUUGGUCAUCCAAAGGUUAAAGAAUCAUAUAUCUUAAAAUUCUUUCUCGAAAACGUUGACCUCUUAGACUUUAGACUAUUAGGAAAGAGGGAAAUAAAAGCAUGAGGAAGAGUAUGUCCAGUAUUGUGGGAGUAAAGGGCUUUAGAUAAAUAGGAUAUGAAGAAUAUUUUGCCAUUGCUGGUAUCUCUUUGAAAAAUGUAAACAAAGAAAUGCUAAUUGAUAAUCUAUUUCAUCAAAUUUUUAAUUCAGUAUCAGUACAGUUUAAUAUUGUGAUAAAAAUAUUAAUUAGAAAAGAUCUAUAUUUAUAACACAAUUUAAUUUACUUAUAUCAAAUGUUGACUAAAUCUAUAUUUUAAUGAAAUUGUUAAGCACUAGGUCAGAUACUUAAACAAUUUUGUGAGAAUAUGACCUUUUCAUGACCUCUUAUUGAGGUUGUUAAGAGAAACAGGUCUCUUAAGAAACAAUAGCUGUUUAUUAAUAGUAAUAUUUUUAUAAAAGUAUAAGUUAUAAAAGUUUCUGAGCUGCUUGUCUAACAAUUUCUCACCAUAAAAGUAUUUUCCAUCAUGCGCUUAAAAACCCGACAAAAACAUAUAGUGCAGUCACUAAAGGUUUUGACCUCCGAUUUCGUUGAACUCCCAUCGAUUUUGGGGCAAGUUAGCGCCAUGUCGCUUUUGUUUCUUGAGGUAUCCUCUAACUACUCACCAAUUUUCAUGAAAAUCAAUGAAGGUUUAACGAAAUCGGAGAUGAAAACUUUCAGUGUCUACUCUAAAAACAUACUGUUCACCUUCACCUCGUAUGCUUGCGGGUGAAAUAAGUUAAUUAAUUAUGGUAUAUCAAUAUUGUUAACAUACGUAUUGUUAAGAUACCCGGAGAAAUUCUAGAGGAGUAUAUUUUAGACGGUUUUUCCGGGUGUCAUCUAAUUGUAACCUAUACAUAACCUCAAAAUAAGUAUAUACGAAAUGCUUAUCAAAUGAUGUGAUUAAACAUAGAAAAGGAAACAGCUUUUAUGCAAUCAGUUGUUAGCUUCAUGCAAUAAUUAGUAUAUACAUAUAAUAUGUAGUUAGCUUGUAAAAGGAUAUUUUGGAAUUUGAAAGUUGUCAAAAAUGUUCUUUGCGGUUUAUUUAGAACGAUAUUGCAACUAGGUACACUAGUUGUCCCAUGAAAUUCCUAUUGAACUGAACACCUACAUAACGAGGCAUAUUUGGUUAUAACGAGGAAAAAUGAAAUCGAAGAAUAUGUUUCUUUACCUGUUUUUAGCGCAGUAAUGCUAUAAAUAAAUACCCCAAGUGCCUGUAUACAGGAAUUCCCAACAUCUGUGUGUUUAUCGAGACCAGUGCUGUAUUAAACUCCACCGCCUGUAAUAAACUUCUUCCUUUCUGUUUAUCUAUCGACCGAUAUUGAAUAUUGUAGGAAAUUUACAAUUUACGAUGGCCAAGUUUCAUUGUUGAGGUUGACCAUCCACAGCUAAUAAACUAUCUAAGAGUCAUCAAAAUAUUUCAGUGGAUGUGGUAUGCACAAUAUUAUUAUUGUCUGAUAUAAUGAGAUCCGCUUAUAACGAGGUAAUUAGUCCGCCACUUCAGUUCUCGUUAUAGAGGGAGUCUACUGUAAAUGACUCGAAAUUAAAAGUAGCUAUUAUAACAUAUAUUCAGUUUUUGUAUAAGAUUUCAUCUUAAUAUCAUCCACAAUAAGACAGUUUUAGAGAAAGCAACAGAUACUUCCACUAUGCUACAUCCUUCCUUCACCUCCAAAACUUCUUCACUUCAUAUAAGAGGUGUGGCUAUUAAAUAACGAGAUGUGGCUAUAGAUGUUACUUAUCAUAACACUAUCACGUACAUCUAUUUUCUACUACUAGAACUCUUCAUUAUUUCUUUGUUUUGAAUCUUUUGUUGUUUUAAACAGGUUUAAAGUCUUAUUAUAUCAGUUCAUUUUGAACGCAUGGCGUUUUUUCUUUUACAGCUUUAAUGGAAAGAAAAAUGUUGUCCUUUCAAUGUAGUCACACGAACUUUGUACUUAGUUCACACUCUUAUCCCACGAAUUGGUUAAGACCAGUUAAGGGGGAUUCCCUGAGUGCUCUAUUGUUCACCCUGAUUAUAGAUGAAAUAAUAAAAAUAAAUAAAAACUAAAAAGGAUACCAAAUGAGAGAAAAACAAUUUAAUAUAAUCUGCUAUGCAGACGACGCAAUACUAAUCUCUCAAAGUGAAGAUGAUUUACAGCGUAUGCUGCACCGAUUUAAUAUAACCACCUAAAAUUUAACAUGUUCAUUUUCGCAAAAAAGACAAAAUGCUUGGUUAUAACAGCAAAUACCAAGAUGUAAAUUAGAGCUGGAGGGAUCACACUAUCUAGCUACGGAAAACUCGGAACAGAAAUGGAAGAUCAAGUGAAUAGAGCAAACAUAGACGCAGGUUGUCUGAAUGAAACAAUAUGGAGAAAUAAAAAUAUCAGGAAAGAAAUAAAAGGCAUAAUUUAGAAAACAGUCAUCAGACCAAUAAUAACAUACGCAGCAAAAACACGACCUGACAUGUACGCUAUCAUUUUAAUCAAUUCGUCAAAAUUUGAUUGUCUUUGCACAUUUUUCAAAUGCUAAAAAAGACAAGUCAAGUAAAAACAAUAAGUUUGGCAACAAUGUUGAACCUCUCCUCUUAAGUUACUUCCACUAUUUAACUUUCGACAAGGUAUCUCGGGGACCUAAUAUGUCUAUGUUUCUCUCUUCCUAGCGUUUAAAAUCAAUACCUAAAUAUUUCUUGUAGGAGACUACUAACUCAGUGAGCUGUAUAAGUGGACUGUAGGUAUUAUACCAUAGGGUGAAUUUAAAAUAAAAAAAUAACAGUAAAAACAAACAGACCUUAAAGUAACUUGUAAUAGAAAGAUUUCCUACCUUGUCAAUUCUCGGUGAACAAUCUUGAGCAGGCCUGCUAUUCUUCGUACUGCUAUUGCUGAGUUGGAGAAGUCACUCGCGAGGACUAUAUUUUCUACAAACUUUUCGGAGUUGUAGGUGACUGUUUUACUAAGAGAGUUGGUUGGCGAAUGUGUCUUUCUCAAAUAAUAAGAGUAGGUAUGCAAUUAUAAAACAAAAAAGGUUUUUUCUUGAAAAAAGAUAAAAAUGAAUAGUUUAACUCACUGAAAAAUUUGCCUACUCGUAUAUACGGAGUGUUCCAAAAACUGAUAAAUAAUUAUAAUAUUGAAAAAUAAAUUCAAAUAUUCUCUACAAAAAUAAGAAAAAAAAUAUGAAAAAAAAUUUUUUUAAGAAACGCUUUUCUUUAGUUACGAGUGACUAAAAUUACAAAUAUAAAAAAAAUCAACUAAAAAGCAAAAAAUAAAAAAAAAAUUGAAAAAAUCUAACACAUUCGUAUAAGAAAAGCGUGGCGCGUCUUCAUCGAAUAAAAGGUUUUCGCCCCACGCUUUUCUUAAACGAAUGUGUUAGAUUUUUUCAAUUUCUUUUAUUUUUUGCUUUUUAGUUGAUUUUUUUUAUAUUUUUAAUUUUAGUCACUCGUAACUAAAGAAAAGCGUUUCUUAUUUUUUUCAUAUUUUUUUAUUUUUUACUUUUUAGUCUUACACUUUUUAAAUAUUAAAUUAUAUCAUCAUGUUUCUUAAAAUAUGUAUAAAACAUAUGAUGUACCUACUUACAAGAAAAGCAGUCGGAAUCGGCAAAAAAUUUGAAACUUUAUUGUUUAUUUAUGAAGCUAAACGUAAACAAUUAACGUAAAAAGUGAAAUUAUGUAUAGUUCAUAUCAUUAGCUACAAUCCGCAAAAGUUUUAAGUUUUUACAUUGUAAAAAACAAGAGAAUUUGAGCAUUUUCCAUUAAAAUCGUUUUUUUUUAUUUAAAUAAUUAAUAAACAUAAAAAAAUUUAUUGAUUAUUCGUGUAUUGUUCCCGCGAAUGCAUAUGUCUGCAAAUUUUCAUUCAUUUGAAUUGGAGAAAAGGCACUCAAAUUAACGUCUAAAGAUUUGACGCAAACUAUUGAACUAAAUAAAAGUUUAAUAAAAAUCGUUAUUCAUAAUGGUGUGGACGAACCAAACCAAUGCCUACAUUAAAUUCCUUCCUAUAGUGUAUACUUGUUUUUUCUGAAAAUGUAAACGCGGUAAGUAUUAAAAAAUUACCAAAACAUUUUAUUAAAUAGUAAUACUAUAAUAGAAUAGCACAAAAAUAUUUAUAAGGACAAAUUCUAAACUAUGAAAGAAAAAAUAAGGUGCACCACCGUCUAAAUAUUCCGCAUUCUAAAAGUUUUCUACAUACCAAAGAGCUGUGAUUAAUAAAUCGAUAUUUUGACGACCUUCGAAUGGAAAUUUAUCCGUAAUAUACAUAAGGUAACGGCUUCCAUAGUUAGUUAGAAUAUCGUAGGGCUGAAUUGUAUGAACUCAUAGUAAAGAAAUAGUCAAACAGUAGCCACUCUAGGUUGUGCAGGAACGAUACAGGGUGAAUCAAAAUGUGUAGAUACGGAUAAGUAAAUUCUGUACUGUAUUGUGGGAAUCUGUAUCUUUACAUUUUCAACUAUUUUAUACACAUUUGUUGACUAUGGACUAUAUUUUUUCGUAUUUCCACCAAAUGUUGGAUCGGACUUUUCAUGUAUGUGCUGUUUUUGAAAGUACUUUAAAUCAGAUCUUUAUGAGAGAAAAAAGCCAAAAUACAUAGGUAUAUUAGGUAUAAAAAUUAUCGAAUCAAUAUUACUGAUUAAUAUUUUGGGACGGGGUCGAGUUCGCUCCCAAUGGUAAGAAUUUUACCUGAACUAAAAAAGGUUGAGUCCGAAUUGGCUCCCAUAGACAAAAUUUAUUUUACCUAAACAUAUCACCCAGCGUUGUCACUUCUUUCAAAUUUUCUCUUUUUGUUAGAAACUGGUACCUUCCUAGAAAUAUCUAUGGGAAAGGAGGAAGACCUAACCCUUCGGUCCUAACUUAACUUUCGGGUAUUAGAGUGUAGAGCGCAAACCGGCCGAUUUCAGGUAAGAGCGCAAAACGGUCGAGCGCAUACCGGCCGACACCGAUAAUUUGUGUUAAAAUUGCCACAUAUGCCAAUGUUGAACUAAAACAAACUCUAAAAGUAUUUGUCUAAAAGUAUAAUUUUCCUAUAAAAAGUCUAUAUCACUAUGUAAAUUUCCUAAGCAGUAUAAAUAUUACACGAUUUGGCAACAAUGUCUAAUGUUUCCGCGAUUAUAUGAGAGCCUACCCGCAUUCAUGCGGGAGCCAAUUCGUAUCCUUCUAAAAUAUACCUGAACGAAGCGGAGCGAACUCGACUUCACCCAUAUUUUGUAUUUUGAUAACGACGUCCCAGUUGGAAGUCGAAACGUCACUAAAAUCAUUUUUUAAGUUAAAUUGUGGCUAAUUUCCCAUUUAGAAUAAUAAAUUUUUUCAUUAACAUAGUUAUUCUGACUUUUACGGCAGAUCUAAAUAAACUUGCAUAGAACGUGCAUAGAAAUCGGGCCAGUUAAAAAUUUGGUCAUUUUUGAUGUUUCAUAUUUCCUAAACCUGUUGGCCAAUUUAAGUGAUUUUUUUAACAUGUUAUAGCCUGAUUCUUUAACAAUACCACUGUAAUAAUAUUGUUGCUAAACAGGUAAAUUUUCAUUGUAUACCGGGUGUACCAAUCAAACUGUUGGAACCAAUCAAACCAUCAGUCACAAAAUUGGAAAAAAUUAUUUUGUAAAAGGUAUAAAAUUUUAUUAAAAUCCCUUUAAAGGGCUACAUCACAACAAAACGUUUUCGAUUUUUAUAAAAAAUCAUCAUCAGUGUUAGAUAAACUGGAUGCUAGCUGAGCCACAAAAGAAAAAUAUCCGGGUAAAAACCCUUUAAAUAUAAUAUAGAUGCGUUAAAAAGGCCUACUUUAAUAAAAAGCCUAAUGAUGGUCACAUGGCAACUAGGAUAAUGCCCUAAGGUAAUGUAUUGAAAUUUCCCAACACGUGGGAUCCAAAUUGAGUUAUUUGCAGUUGCCAUUAAGUCAUUGAAAUGUAAAUAACUCAAUUUGGAUCCCACGUGUUGGGAAAUUUCAAUACAUUACCUUAGGGCAUUAUCCUAGUUGCCAUGUGACCAUCAUUAGGCUUUUUAUUAAAGUAUGCACUUUUAACGCAUCUAUAUUAUAUUUAAAGGGUUUUUACCCGGAUAUUUUUCUUUUGUGGCUCAGCUAGCAUCCAGUUUAUCUAACACUGAUGAUGAUUUUCUAUAAAAAUCGAAAACUUUUGUUGUGAUGUAGCCUUUUAAAGGGAUUUUAAUAAAAUUUUAUACCUUUUACAAAGGAUUUUUUUUAAUUCUGUUGUUUGAUUCAUUCGUUUAUGUUGGAUAAUAAAAAAGUUAGGUACUUUAACAACUAGACAUGUUAUUCAUCAAUACACGGUAUUUUUAAAUAAGUGCUACAAACUUUAAGGGGUAAUUCUGCAUGAAAAAAUAAUGACCGUUUGCUUUUUAAUGGUAUGUCCGCGAAUGCUUCGUUUCCGAGAUAUGGGAUGUUGAAUUUUUUCUUACAAACUGGCGAUCUAUUUUAUUGCUUUAAAGCAAUAAAGUAAAUCGUCAAUUUGAAAAAAAAUUCAACAUCCCGUAUCUCGGAAACGAAACAUUUGCGGACAUACGUUUAUAAAGCCAACUGCCAUUAUUUUUUCAUGCAGAAUUACCCCUUAAAGUUUGUCGCACUUAUUUAGAAACACCGUGUAUUGAUGAAGAACAUGUCUAGUUGUUAAAGUACCUAACUUUUUUAUUAUCCAACAUAAACGAAUGAAUCAAAAAACAGAAUGUUAAGAAAACCUGAGGCUAUAGUUGGGUUUUAAUUUCAGUAUUUUAUAAAUGCUAUAAUAUUCCACAGGGUGAUGCGAACUUUGAGAAAAAACACAGUUUAAUUGGUAGACCCGGUAUACAAUGAAAAUUUACCUGUUUAGCAACAAUAUUAUUACAGUAGUAUUGUUAAAGAAUCAGGCUAUAAGAUGUUCAAAAAAUCACUUAAAUCGGCCAAUAGAUUUAGGAAAUAUGAGACAUCAAAAAUGACCAAAUUUUUAAGUGGACCGAUUUCUAUGCACGUAAGUUUAGUUCGGCAGGUGCAAUUUUUGUAGCCACGAAUGUCUCCUUCUGUCUGGACCUCUUCUGCUGUCUAUUUUUCCUUCGAUAAUUCACUGUAGUACUAUAUAUUUAUUGCAGUGGCGUAGCCAGGGGGGUUUUGGGGGUUAUAACCCCCCUCCCCCCAUUGGGAUGUACUUCGAGCUCUAUACGCUUAACAUUACUAUUCCAUGCCCCCAGACACCCUCCAGUAGUUGUAACCCCUCCCUUAGGAUCAUCCUCGUUACUCCGUUGAUUUAUUGUGCCUCAUACGUGACCCAAGUAUUCCAACUUUCUUUUCUCUUCCCUUGUGUCUCGGAGUGCCUUUUCCAAGGCAAUCUUAAAUGUGGUGAUUUACUAUUUUUAAACUUUUUAAUGGCUUGAGCAACCUCUUCAAUGGUAGAUGGCAAAUAUAAUAUUGGUUUCGAAUAUAUCACACACAUGAAAAGUUACUAAUUGUAUAUACUUUUAUACAGUAGAUUUCUUUACAUUAAAAACCUCAGCUGAAAUAUUAAAAGCUCUUUUAUUUUAUACCAUUUUAAACAAAAAUAACGAUUCUUUUAUAGUUUAAUUGUAGAAACUGAUCCAGUAUGCUAAUAGAAAUAUUAGAGGCAUUUUUAGAGGAAAGACUUUAAACUGAAUUUCUGCUAAAGCACAGUAUAUAGAGGUUCCACAGUAAAAUCACUCUUCUGUCGGCGCUUUGAUCUCAGGAAGUAAUACCGGCAGUACGCAAUUGGUAAUUCACCAGUGGUGGAUGCGGGUUUUCCCUGUUAAAAGCCGUACGUUUAUAUGCGAAUAGCAAUGCGAGAGUGGGGAAAAAGCGACUAAGAACAUUGCGCGGUCGCCAUGCGCGACUACAGAUUUUACUUCCAAUUUUUCGGAGAGUGGUUCUACUGUCCCUCUUUAUACUGUGCCUAAAGUAUAUGUGAAAAAGGACACCGUACACAUCUUAUGGAAAAAGAAUGUCCCUCGAGUACAAUAAAAUUUACAUUAAUAAUUCGUCUUAAAAUUACAAUGAUUUUGUAUCAUUGCGCCAACUCUGAAUUUUAAUUAACAAGAGCAUAAAUUAUUGAAGUUCAUAAAACUGUCAUUCAUAACUACUAUUAGUCUAAUGGCUAUUGAAAAUAGUUUCCUGGUGUUAACUAAGCCAGUUAGACGAACAAUAUACUUUUGUGCGACUGAUCAAAUUAUACCUACUUUAUUAUAGAUAAGAUAGGAUUAAGCCUCUUGAAAAAAAAAUUACGAACUUUUAAUUUACAACAUAUUUUUUCUCUCUUUGACUCACGUACACUCCCAUUUAAUUUUAGAUUUAUUUAUAUCAAUUUACGCCCUAAUUAAGCAAAAUUCAGAGUUGGCGUAAUGAUAUGAAAUUACUAUAAUUUCGAGACGAAGGCAUGUAUGGUGUAUUCCACGAAUAUACGUCUGUUUUGGAUUAUCGCGAUAACGAAUAUUUUAGUGUGUAGCAUAAGAAGUAAGAAAGUAUUUUGCUCUAAUAAUUACUCCAAUAAACAACAAUAUAAUUUGGAAUUUAUUCUUUUUCUCAUCAGCAUCUUUCAGUGCGUCACAGUUUUUCGAUUUCUUUUUAACGAAUUAAAUUGUAUGUGACAGAAAAAAGGCACGUCGGUGAUUACAGACAUUUAUAACAUUUAUUCUAGUUGUCGAUAGAUUGCGCUAUAAUCGAAAAAAAGUUAUUUACGAAUUAUAUAUCUACGAAUAUAAUCUGUACAAUUUAUAAGACUAUACAAAUCAAAGAAAAUACCAUUUUAUAAAUGCAAUAAACACAAUUGAUUUGUUUUUAUGCCAGAUUACAAAUAAAAUGUCACAUCUGUCAGAUUUAACUAAAAUGUCAUGUUAGAAUAAAUGUUAUAAAUGUGUAUUAUCACGGACUUCCUUUUUUUUCUAUCAUUUGUGACGCACUGAAAAAUGCUCAUGGAAAAGACCAUACUUUCGUUCUUCAUAUUUUACACAGUAAAAUAUUCGUUGUCGCGAUAAUCCAAGAGGGUCGUAUAUUCGUGGAAUGGGGUAUACAUAUAACACGUAGACUGCGCGCUGCAAUCUAAAACUGUGCGACAGAGAAAAAUGUUCGUAGUUAGGGUAGGCAUCUCUUUCUAAUCGGCGGGAUUUAUCAAAUCGGUGGCAGUGGGAAAGUCACGUGGACGAUAAACUCAACGUCACUGGAUAAACCCCGCCGAUUAAAAAGAGACGCCUACCUUAAAUACAAACAUUUUUCUUUGUCCCACAGUCGUGCGACAUAGGUUUUCAUACUAUGCCAUCGAUAUGCAUCAGUUUUAUGACAUUUUGAUGAUUAACCUCACAUAUUUAUUAGUAUACUGGAAGUGCACGUAAUAUAUCGCUAUGUACACCCUGUAGGCAGUAAAAAAAUAACCUUGUUCAUAUCAGUAAAAAACUGUACAUUAUAGAAUCUUUGUAGGCUAUGCAAUAUACAGUAUUUUAUCUACUGACUGAAUCAAAUAUAUACCUUUUUGAUGUACUUACUAUUUAUUAUUACGAAAUAAAAGUUGACUAUGAGAUA